UUCUCAACCCCUGCGUCAUGACUCCUUUGGGGGUCACAUAUCAGAUAUUUACAUUAGGAUUUAUAGCUGUGGCAAAACUAGUUAUAAAGUAGUGAUGAAAUAAUUUUAUGGUUGGGGGUCACCACAACAUGAGGACCCAUAUUAAAAGGUCACAGGAUGAGGAAGCUUGAGAACCUGCUAUGGGAUAACCCCUCUGUAUGCUGUGAAUAUGUUUUAUUAGCAUCAGUUAAUAAAGAAACUGCUUUGGCCUAUAGCAAGGCAGGAUAGAGCCAGGUGAGAAAUUCAAACAGAGAUACAGGGAGAAGGGCAGAGUCAGGGAGAUGCCAAGAAGCCACCAGAGCAACAAGUUGUACUAGAUCACAGGUAAAACCAUGAACUACAUGGCAAUGCAUAGAUUAAUAGGCAUGGGUUAAUUUGAAAGUAGGAGCUAGUUAAUAAUAAGCCUGAGCAAUAGACCAAACAGUUUGUAACUAAUAUAAGUUUCUGUGUGAUUAUUUGGGACCGCAUGACAGGAAAUGAAAGCUCCAUCUCCUUUACUGAACCCCUGCUCUAGAUACAUGCUGGUGGUCUUGCUUUUCAACUUUCCCUCUCCUAAGUGAUGUAACCAAAAGCAUUGAGGUAGCAUCCUGCCUCAACUAAUAUUACAUUACUUUUUUUUAUUUUGUUUUGUUUUUUAAGACAGUUUCUCUGGGUAGCCCUGGCUGUCCUGGAACUAGCGUUGUAGACCAAGCUGGCCUCACACUGAAACGAUUCACUUGCCUCUGCCUCCUGAGUGUUGGGAUUAACGGUGUAUACUGCCACCAUCCAGCUUCAUUUUUAAUAGAUAAUUUGAAUUGGGUCUUCAAUUGAAAGAACAAUGAAUCACCUAAAAUAGAAAGCCAAUAGGAGCUAUCUGUCUAUAUUUGGUUUUGAAUAUCUUUGAGUAGCCCUCCAUCUUCUCUGGACAUCAUAACCAUCUUGCCUGUCUUCAUGCUUGCUGUCUUGAGACUUACUGUAAGUAAAGAGCUGCUUUGUUUGGGGCAUUCUUUAUUUUUGGAAUGUUGUCAUUUUCCCUCUCAAAAUUGAUUUAGUUGCAACUGAGGGGAAAGAUGGAAGAGCCUGCAGUCAUCAAGAUUGUAUUUCUGAAGAGGCUCAGUCUCUGGAAGGAAAAUGGCUGUCAAUAGAAGCUGUCCAGCUAAGAGUCACCAUGUCCUUGAAUCUCAGACUCAAGAGCUCUCGCCCUGGAGAACAACUUGCCUGACUGGUCAAGGGAAUCAUUACAGAAAGAAGGUGGACCAGUUGUCAGGCUAACAUUCCCAGAGAGGAGUGGGGUAAAAGAAAUCGCAGCAAUCAGUGAUAGUUUGUGGGUCCUCUAAAACAGUGGCCACCAUUCUUUAAUUAGUUUUUAAUUUGACAGUUUGCUGCCAUAAACCUGAUUGCCAGCGUGUGGAGAAUUCAUCUGUCUGUUUUAGAUUGAUGCAUCACAGUGGCUCUGCUUCCUCCAGGAAACCAUCAACAAGAGGAAGUGCUCCGAGUGCUCCUCUGUUUGCUGGGCGUGUGCAGUUUGUUAGGUCUGUCAUAAACUAACGCUUGCGUCUCCUCAGAGGUUUGAGAUUAGUUCACAAGACUUCGGAAAAACACGGAGGGGAUGAGAUAUGCUGGUGCCAGCUUGCAAAGUAAUCGUGUUUCACUGCUUUAGUCAAUAACACACACAUCGGCUAAAGGUUAAUCUGCUGUUCCAAGGUCAUUCCAAAGACACCUUCAUUUCAGUAGAGGACUGACUGUAAGGCCGUCUUUCUCCUAAAGAAACUGCAGGGCUUGGGGAAAACUUUUUGUUUUGGUUUUUGUUGUUUCAUUUUUAAUCCGUUCAUUUACUUAAGUGAGUGUGUGUGCGCCUGAGUUUUAUACUCGCCAAGUGGACGACCCCAGCCUGGGUCCCCUGCAGGAGCAUUAUGCUUUUACCCACUGAGUUCCUUUUGCUUUGUUUUUUAGUCUGGACUCGAUCGCGAGCUCUCCUUUGGCCGGAGAAAGAGGAGGCACGCUCAGCCUCUCACUGCUGCCUUAUCCAGGUGUGCACCACAGUUAGGAUACGGGCAAAAAUCCUUCCUAAGCAGAAGGACCUCCAGCUGAAUACUCUAAACGAGGAACCUGUUCCUCCCGCCAUGCUGCCUCUUGGUAGAUAGCAUGGCCACCUUUGUUGUGGCUCAAGGAUCUAUCUUCUCUCUUGUUGCCAGAACCGUUCUCAUAUACACACUGAGAAUAGGAAACGAUUAAUUCCAGGGGUCAGGGUUGGGUUCUAUAUAUCAAUAUUAGAGAGUAGGAGUUUGUAAAACUAACUCCAAUAUUCCUUGCUGCGGGCGAAACCCUUUAUUAAACCUUGUUGCAGGCUUGCUGUUGCCGGAGCUGGAAGACCCAAACUGAGCUUAGCCCACGCGCCGCGCUGUUGGGUGGGGGCUGCGGGGGGGGGGGGCUGCGCAGCCGCAGUAGGAGGGUUCUGGGCCUGUACUACGGGGCAGCAACCGACCCUUCUGGCAUCAACCGUCUUCCUCUCUCACCCGGUUCACUUCAUCCACCUGAAUGAGCAGCCAUGGCCUGGGCUGCGGGCAUCCUGCGAGCCAGCAAAAGAGUGAGUGCAGCUGGAGUGGAUCUCAGGGACCUGAGCAUAGCUCUGCGGCCCAGUCGGGUGCUGCGUGUGCCUCUCAGCCGGGCCUGGUGGAGCGUCACUCCCACGUCCACCAUGUCGACCCUGAAGGGUGAACUUAUCCAGCACUUCAGCUCCGAAGAGCCCAUUCUCCACACCAAGGUUUCCAUUAUAGGAACUGGGUCAGUGGGCAUGGCCUGUGCCUUCAGCAUCAUAGCGAAAGGCUUGACUGAUGAGCUUGCCCUUGUUGACAGUAAUGAAGAAAAAAUGAAGGGUGAGACGAUGGAUCUCCAGCAUGGCAGCGUCUUCAUGAAAAUGCCAAAUAUUGUUUGCAGUAAAGAUUUCCAUGUCACCGCCAACUCAGAGGUAGUGGUUAUCACAGCAGGUGCACGCCAGGCGAAAGACGAAACGCGCCUGAAUUUAGUGCAGCGGAACGUAGCCAUCUUUAAGGUGAUGAUCGCCAGUAUUGUCAAACACAGCCCCCACUGCAAAUUGAUUGUUGUUUCCAAUCCAGUGGAUAUCUUAACGUACGUAACCUGGAAACUGAGCGGGUUUCCCAAAAACCGUAUUAUUGGAAGUGGCUGCAACCUAGAUACUGCGCGCUUCCGUUACAUGCUUGGCGAGAGGCUUGGGAUCCACUCUGAAAGCUGCCACGGGUGGGUCCUUGGGGAGCAUGGAGACUCAAGUGUCCCCGUGUGGAGUGGAGUGAACAUCGCUGGGGUGCCUCUGAAAGAGCUGAAUUCUGCCAUAGGAACUAGCAAAGACCCCGAGCAGUGGGGAAAUGUCCACAAAGAAGUGAUUGCCAGUGCCUAUAAGAUUAUCAAAAUGAAAGGCUAUACCUCCUGGGCCAUUGGCCUGUCUGUGGCUGAUAUUGCAGAAAGUAUUCUGAAGAAUCUCAGGAAAAUACAUCCAGUCUCCACCAAAAUUAAAGGUCUCUACGGAAUAAAAGAAGAGGUGUUUCUCAGUGUGCCUUGUAUCCUGGGAGAAAAUGGCAUCUCCGAUAUUAUAAAGGUGAGGCUGAGCCCCACCGAGGAAGCCCAGAUGGUGAAGAGUGCAGAAACACUUUGGGAAAUUCAGAAGGGUAUCAAGUUUUAAGCCAGCCCUGUAAAGAUGCCGAAGACAACAGAUGCAGGAUAUGCAGAUGUGGCGUGAACUGGGGGUUCUGAAGGUUGGCGGUCUCUGGUUUGGUCUCCUGUUGUGUGGCAUCCAGCUGCCAGGUUACUUUGCCUUUUCAGUUUCUGAGUGACUGCAUUAAAGGUAUUUUUGGUGUUUCAAGUACUGGUUCUUGCCUGUUGGUGUGGUGUUCAAGAAAUUGAUUCGUAAGAACACAUACUGGUCCAUUCUGUUGGUACAUUUAUAUCCACUCUAUGCCAUUUUAAAAAGUAACUCAUAUGGGCUAGAGAGAUGGCUUAGAGGUUAAGAGCACUAGCUGCUCUUCCAGAGGUCCUGGGUUCAAUUUCCAGCACCCAUAUCAUGGCUCAUAACCAUCUAUAAUGGGGGGUCUGAUCCCCUCUUCGGGCCUAAAGGUGUACAUGCAGAUGGAACACCCAUCUAUAAAUAAGUCUUAGAAACAAAUUAACGCCUGCAUUUAAAAAUACAAUUAUGUAAAAAUUUUUGUGAUACAUUUUGAGACUGCCUUGUCUUAGAAUGACCUCCCUGAGCCAUUAAGAUAUUAUGAAGGGGACAGGAAGGGUGGCACCUGCUGCUCUUGCAAGGACUCAGGUUCAGUUCCCAGCACCCACAUGGUACUCUACAUACAUUAGACAAUAUACUUUUACAUAUAUUUGUAGAGGCAUCACGAAAUGUGGACUGCAGCCGCUUCAAGAGCAGGGGAGGGGGAGGGGAGAGCUGAGAGGGAGGAGAGGAGAUGGGAAGGAAGCAGACUGAACAUGGAAGCCUUGGUGGUCAGACUGUAGGCAGGACUGAUUAGCAGAGCUUAUACAGGAAACAGAAAUGGAAAGGGCAAAAAAAAAAAAAACUCACAAAAAAGAAAAACUAUUUCAAACUCAGCUUUUAGUGGCAACAACUACUUGCCUGUUAGAAUUGAUUCUGUAAGGAUUUUUGCUAUUAGAGAGAACCUGAAUAUUUUAGGCAAAUUUUUAAUAUAUAAUGCAUUAGACAAAAUGGUUUUCAGUUUCUUCUUCCACAGCCCAGACGUGCCAUGGUAGUGGGGGGCAGCACCCGCGUGCACAUGGCUGCAGUGCAGAUGUGCAGACGCAGCCAUGCAGUCAGACCUGCCUCCCCAACUGCAUGGCACACUUGACUGGUCGCUCAUUGUUGAGGGGUAAAUGAUAAAUACACCAGCCACACCGUUGGUGCUCUUGUUCCUGGCGUACUGGUUCCAUCGCCCUGAGGAAGCUGCUGGAGUGGGCACGAGAGCAUUAUUAGAGGUGUAAUCUUGGUUCUAUUCUAACAUCUAAAGUAUCUGUCAGACCCCUUCUCUGAAUGUCCGUAUUUCCAAUAAUGGCUUCCAAGGACAGCAGUAUUUCAGGACAAGGUUCUGGGGCCCGAUACUCCAGGGAAUGCCUUUUAUGCCUUAAUCCCUGCACAGAACACUCCCAGAAACAGCCUGUGGUGGCCCACAGACCAUGCUUAUAAGGGUGACCCUACAACCCAUAGCAUAAAAAAUUCUCCCUGGCCAACAAGGGCAGAGCAGAGGAGAUCCCAGAGUUUCACUUUGGAGUAAUGUGACCAGCAUGCUCACAGUCAUCAGUUCUGGGGGCUGAGGGAAAGUUCCAUGGCAGUAGCUGUGAAUUUUCCUUAGUAUAUUUAGGUUCAGAUUAAAUUUAGUGAUACUCACUCUUAAAUCUUUUUCCCAAGGGCAUCUUUAAAUGGGAAUAAUUUAUUGACCUUUGUAUGUCUUCACUGAUACAUAUUUGAUAGAUACUGUCCAUAUAAAUAAUACCAUCAUGGAGCCCCA